CAGAGCUCCAGUCUGAUGUGGAGCUUCAGUUCCAGGCCUUUGGGUUUGAUUUAGUGUCGGUGUGUCGGUGGGGUUUCUGCAGAACAGGGACGGUGGCAUCAGUCAUGGCAGAAGCGGAGUUACAAACCUUUACCUCGAUCAUGGACGCGCUGGUUCGCAUCAGUUCUAACAUGAAGAGCAUGGAGCGGGAGCUGCAUUGCCCGGUGUGUGACGAGAUGGUGAAGCAGCCCAUCCUCUUGCCGUGUCAACACAGUGUGUGUCUGCUGUGUGCGGCUGAGGUGUUAGUGCAAAGGGGAUAUCCUCCUCCUGAGCUGCCUCCAGAACCCCACUCUCCGGCCUCCACGCCCAACACCCGCUCCCCGCGACAGGCACGCAGACCCACACCAAGGACCCCCGACCGCCUGGAACGGGUCCUCAGAACAGUGUGUGGGACAUACCCAGGGCGAAGGCGGAAAGACGCAGCCCAUCCCCCCAUGUUGUUCCCAUGUCCUUCCUGUCAGCAGGACGUGGAGCUUGGAGAAAAAGGCUUGACAGAAUGCCUCCGCAACCUCACUCUGGAGCGUAUUGUGGAGAGGUACAGGCACACGAUAAGUCUGGGCAGUGUGGCCAUCAUGUGUGGUUUCUGUAAACCCCCCCAGUCUUUGGAGGCCACUAAAGGAUGCGCCGACUGUAAGUCCAACUUCUGCAAUGAGUGUUUCAAACUGUACCAUCCCUGGGGAACUCCCCGAGCUCAGCACGAACACAUCCUACCCACCAACAACUUCAGGCCAAAGGUCCUAACAUGCACAGAGCACGAGCAGGAGAGACUGCUGUGGUACUGCCGCAACUGCCAGAGGCUGCUGUGUCCACUCUGCAAGCUCAGACGUGUCCACCAUGGACAUAAAGUGUUGCCUACAGCACAGGCCUACCAGGCCCUCAAGGACAAGGUCACCAAGGAAGUCAACUUCAUCCUGGCAAAUCAGGAGACGAUACAGAGUCAGAUCACUCAGCUGGAAGCAACCAUCAAACAGAUGGAGGCUAACAGCACAGUAGCCCUGCAGCAACUGAUCCACAGUUUCAGGGAUCUGGGAGCGGCCGUAGCUGAGCGUCAGGGAUCUUUGGCUCUGGCCCUGGAGGGAUCUCGCAGCAGGAGGGAGGAGGCCCUGUCUGCUCAGGUCUCAGAGAAGAGUGGACUGAUGGAACACGCUGGCCUAAUGGCAUACACACAGGAGCUGCUCAAGGAGACUGACGCUCCCUGCUUUGUACAGGCUGCCAGAGUCACUCACAACAGGCUGGUGAAGGCCAUCGAAAACCUGCAGUGUUUCACUUUCGCUGCAGAUUCCUCCUUCAGACAUUUUCACCUGGAUGCAUCCAAAGAGGUCAAACUCAUCAACAGCUUGGAAUUCAUACGUGCUCCACUGGCUCCAGUCAUCGACACUCAGAAGACAUUGGCUUACGACCAGCUGUUCUUGUGCUGGCGCCUCCCUCAGGACUCGGCCCCAGCUUGGCACUUCUCUGUUGAAUACCAGCGACGAGCGGGAGGAGCCGCAGCCACGUGGGGAGGAACCAGAUCCCCCAACGCUUCAACGGCAUGGCAGCGCCUGGAUGAAGUGAGAGGGACCAGUGCUGUGGUCGAACGGCUUCAGAUUGACAGCAUGUAUGUGCUCAGGGUGAGAGGAUGCAACAAGGCCGGGUUUGGAGAGUACAGUGAAGAGGUGUACCUCCACACACCACCCGCAGCUGUGCUGAGUUUCUCCUUGGACUCUCGCUGGGGUUUGCAUGCUGACAGGCUGGCUCUGGGUAGAGGCCAAACCUAUGCCCGCAGUGUGCCAGGCCUCUCCCUCCUGCAGGUCGCUGACCGCACGCUCACUUCUUGCCACCUGACAUCUGACCUGCUGGUGGCUGACCUGGCCGUCACUCAGGGCCGACACUACUGGGCGUGCUCUGUGGAGCCUAGUUCCUACCUGGUAAAGGUGGGAGUAGGCCAGGAGACAAAGCUACAGGAGUGGUUCCACCUCCCUCAGGACAUGGCCAGCCCUCGCUGUGACCCAGACAGUGGCCAUGACAGUGGAGCAGAAGACGGCCAGGACUCCCCUCCCUUCUGCUUCCUCACCAUAGGCAUGGGCAAGAUCCUGCUCCCACAAGGACACGGUCACAGUCAGAGCCAGGCGGAGAGCCAGAGCCAUGGAGGAGUGCACUCCCACAGCAGCAGCCACAGCAACCUGCCUCACCCUCACACGACUCCUCUGCCGCCCCGACUGGGAGUGUGUCUGGACUGCGAUAAAGGAAGGGUCACCUUCUACGACGCCCACUCGUUACGGAUCCUGUGGGAGGGACACGUGGAUUGCUCAGCUCCGGUGUGUCCGGCCUUCUGCUUCAUCGGCGGGGGAGCCCUGCAGCUUCAGGACCUCGUGGCCAAUCGGAGCAUCGAGGAGCCGCCGCCACGGAGGGUAACCAUCCAGACACGGGCAACAAAUCUGAGCAAAUAAAGAAGGAGGCAGUUUAUGGACACAGUUCACUCAGAGAUGACUCAUCAUGUUGUUGGAGGAGAAGGUGUGUGAGUUCAUAACCAACAGCCUUUGAUACUUGAUUGAACUGUCAAUGAGAGGGAGAUCUCACUAAAUAUCUGGUAUUGUUUUGCAUUUGCAUCUGAAAAAUAUCAAAUCUCUCUUUCUUGCUUGAUAAUAUUUUUUUUCCUUGGACAUUGUGGCUGAAGUGAUUUCCGACUAUGCAGAAUUCUGUUGACAGUGUGAGUCAAGCACCUUUAUAACAGAUUAGAACAAUGACUUGCAUUGUAAGAAAAUCUGCCGUCCAUUAACAUUUUUUUUUCCCAGACAUCAAAAAUUGCAUGCAAGUGUAACUUGUAUACGUAAAUGACAGAAAUGCAGGAAACUGUCAUCUUGUAAAAGCACCUCAGAUGAACUGUAUGUCUAAUUUUCUAUCUUAAUUCUUAUGUAGCCUCAACAACAAUGUGUAAAUAAUGCAGAGUUACAGAAUGUGAAUAUGUUUUGGUUGGUGAACUUCUGCUGGCUCAUGUCAGGAAAUGGACUUUUUAAUAGUCACAGUUUUGCAUUUCAGAAGGAUGUGUGUGACAUUCCGGCUGAGUAAACAUACUCACGGUUGCCUCUGCAUUUUCAGAUUUACA